CUCCAGUGCAUUUAUCAAAGCUUUUACCUUUCCAAUUCAUUCCUUCUGGAACAAUGUGCGAUGACUUAACUGUUGGCUUCAAACAUCAAACCACGCUGCAUCUUUCCAAGACUGCCUUUUCUGCAUCCAUUACUGAUCCUACAACUAUUAGUUCAACCACUUUAAAUAAAUUCACUGGUUACCAGAUACUCUUACAGGCCAAUUAAUGCUAUCUGUUCAUGUUAUGAAGGCCCUAUAUAUAUAUUUGCCAAGAACAACCUUCUAAAAUAUUCAGCCUCAGAAGCUAAUUACACUUAUAACAACCAAGUAUGGAGUUCUCUGAAAGCGUUGGAUCCUCCAGUCUUCUGCCAAAUAUUACCGGCAGCAUGGAAUGCUGCUUCUUCUUUAGGAGUAGAGGUUCUAAGCAGAUAUUCCCUGCUCAAUUUCUGCUGCUUCUAAGAAACCAUCAACAGCGUACAAUAACUAUUCGAGAAGGCUAUAGAACAUGGACUAUCAGCAUUUUAGAAACUUGGUUUGGAGAAGGUUGGCAAGACUUCUGCGAGAAUAAUAUCAUCCAUGAAGACGACACAAUGUUCCUUCGACAUUCCGGAAACUUGGUGUUCGACGUCCUCCAUUACUCAGCAACAAAAAUGCAUGGGUACUUACCUUGGAGUCAUCCACUACCCAGUUUGUUGGACGCUCCAGAACAUGUUAUCGCAAAAAAAUGCAGUGUCAGAGAGUAGCAUCAGCAAUGAAACCAGAUUUCGUUCAAGACAUCGCUGAUGGUCUAUCAUUCUAUGAGAUCUUCACUCAGGAAAACCAACAUAAUUUUGUAAGCUUCAGUUAUCUCUUGUUUUAUUUUUUCAUUCGCUGCUUUCCUUUUGGUGAACAACAGAAAGUGCCCAAAUUUGUAUCCUUCUUCAUACACGGUGACAGAACUCCUCUGGUCAUCCUACGAACUGGAAACAAGACAAUCACUGUUGGAAUGCAUCGGAGACGGUUUGCAACAAUUUGGAACACAUUUACUUUUGAGCAUCAGCUACAAUUUGGCGACGCUUUAGUAUUUAUCCCUGAAACAAAGUCUUGCUAUACUGUCCUCAUCUUCGACAAGCGUGGAGUCGAAAAGUUGUUCCCCUUGUACAAUAAGUUCUGCAUCUUCUCUGAUGCACCAACCAGUAAAACUUAGCCAACUUCUUUUACGUUUAUUCCAGGAGAAACCUUGUCCUUCUUAUAUGUUCACUAAGCAUAUGAAU